UAGUUUAUUUUUAAAUUGUAUCAUGAUGACAUCACAUACAUGCUUCGUCACAUUUGACAUUGUGCAGUUACAGUUAGACUCUUCCUUCUUCCUUCUUCCUUCUAAGGGAACAGAAAACAGAGGUUACUAUAAUACCCUCGUCUCAUUCGUUCCCAACGUUUGGUAUCUGAGGAACAGUCUUCGUCUUGCAUUGCAACAACAAUGGGAAGCGCCACUGUUGCGUCAACCCUCGUCCAAAUGGCCCAGAGGUGCACGUGCAUGCGCGACCUCAAGCUCCUCCACGCGCACGCGUUCCGUACCCACCUCGACGACCACGUGGUGGUCCUCGGCAAGCUCUUCCGGUUCGCUGCGGUGUCGCCGUUGGGAGACUUGAGGUACGCUCACCUAAUGUUCGAUAUAAUGCCCCACCGAACCACCUUCUUCUACAACACCCUCAUACGCGCCCACUCCCAUUCCACCUCCCCUUCUCUCUCUUCCCUCUUCUUCAACGUCAUGAUGCAAAACGACGUCGCCCCGGAUCAGUUUUCCUUCACCUUCUUGCUCAAGUCCCGCUCAAGAACCAUCCCUUUGACCCACCACAACGACAUACAUGGUGCUGUUUUGAAGUUUGGGUUUUGCAGCCACUUGCACGUUCAGAACGGGCUGAUACACUUGUAUGCCCAUAGGGGGAUGACUCUUUUGGCAAGAAGGGCAUUUGAGGAUGCUUUGAACCUGGGUUUGAAGGUUGACGUUGUGUCCUGGUCUGGGUUGCUUGUGGCGCACGUAAAGGCUGGUGAGUUGGAAGUUGCGAGGAGGGUGUUUGAUGAAAUGCCCCAUAGGGAUGUGGUUGCGUGGACUGCCAUGUUAUCGGGGUAUUCCCGGGCUAGGCGACCCAGAGAUGCUCUGGAGUUGUUCAGGGAGAUGAGGCAUGCAGGGGUGUGGCCAGACGAGGUUACCAUGGUGAGUGUGAUCUCAGCUUGUGCAACUUUGGGAGAUGUAGAGACAGGGAGGAUGGUUCACCAUUUCGUGGAAGAGAAUGGGUUUGGUUGGAUGGUUGCUCUUUGCAAUGCGCUCAUUGAUAUGUAUGGGAAGUGUGGAUGCUUGGAGGAGGCAUGGUACGUGUUUCAUGGGAUGACGAGAAGGAGCUUGGUCACAUGGAACUCAAUGAUAACCGUAUGUGCGAACCAUGGGAAUGCUGAUGAUGCUUUCAGGUUGUUUCAACGGAUGGUUUGUUCGGGGGUUGUGCCUGAUUCAGUGACACUUCUGGCGCUUCUGGUUGCGUUUGCUCAUAAAGGGUUGGUGGAUGAUGGAAUUAGAUUGUUUGAGAGAAUGGAAAGGGACUAUGGAGUUGAACCUAGGAUUGAGCAUUAUGGAGCAGUGGUAGAUAUGUUGGGGCGUGCAGGGCGAAUACAGGAGGCUUAUGAUCUACUUGCAAAUAUUUCUAUUCCAUGCAAUGAUGUUGUUUGGGGAGCUCUGCUUGGAGCUUGCAGGAUUCAUGGUGAUGUUGAUAUGGGGGAAAAGAUUAUAAAGAAGUUGCUGGAAUUGAAACCAGAUGAAGGCGGAUACUAUAUUCUCCUGCGUGAUAUCUAUGUUGCUGCAGGCCGGACAGUUGAAGCCAAUGAGAUGAGGCAAGCCAUGUUAGCUAGUGGAGCAAGGAAAAAUCCUGGUUGUAGUUGGGUGGAAGGAUGAAAUUUAGGUGUGCAUCCAAAGCAAUCAUCAUGCAAGGCAAUGGUAAUAGCCUCUGUGCAGUGCAGGAUGUAGAUUUGUUUGCAAGGAAUCUCCAUAAGCCAGUAUGUUAUUGAUUCAAGGCAGUAAAUCGGCAAGUAGAAUGGUUGAAAGGAUUGUUAGAUGACCAUUUAACUGUUUCCAUUCACUGUUGUACUUCAAAUUUGAAUCAGCCAGCCCAUGAUUUCUUUAAGUCUCGCUCUUCAAUUUUCUGUUGAGCCAUUGGUACUGAUGAAGAUUUUUAGGAACCUACUGUUUCUGUAUAUAUCUCAUGAAGCAGCAAGUUUGAAGUUAUUCUUGCAAAUAAAAGUUGAUGAUUUAGUUCUAUGAUGGAUUAAACAAGCAGAAGCUGGAUCUGACUCUAAAAUAAUGCCCAUCUACAGUUACUCGGUGUUUGCUUCAAAGUUUGGGUCAUUACAGUGUGGAUAUUUUUUCUUUCGUGGAACCAGGUCUAACCAUAGAUACCAUAGCUAGUUGAAAUAAUGAUCAGAUGACAGUAUCGUGCUGCUGAUUGUUGAAGGGUUGUAAACCCUAGUGCUAUGAAUAAAGUAUUCACAUACGGGUAUGUAUAUGAUUGAUCAGAUUUGUUCUUUAGCUUGAAGAUUUACCGAGGCAAUUACGAUCUUAUACUCACCAGAUGAAACACUGUAGUAACACUUCUUUAAUAUACAUUACUCUCUAACUACCUUUAUUACAAACCUAUAUUAGCAGAGAAGUUGAGGCCCAAGGCUCCUAUUGAAACCGGCGGGAGUGGUAGUUCGUUUGUCCCGUUUGAUUGCGGAUGUUGAUAUGGGUUUGGUUACAAACCUUUGGCAUACUCUGAGAGAAGGUAAAUC